AUGCCGGGACGUGAGACAUCCUCCGCAGGGCUGUGGUUCGAGAAGCUCCCAGCCGAUGUUCGUCAGUCUUCUGCUAUUGGAGCAGAAGUCCAUUUGUCUUCAACCGUGCCCAUCAUUGACGUCGAGUCUCUUACUGAGGAGGACAAGGAUGUGCUUCGGCAAGCCUUGUUUGAGAAUCAAGUCAUUGUGAUUCGCAACCAGACCGGCAUUGAUCCCAAGACGCUCCCUCAGCUGACAAAGGUCUUUGACCCCUCUGCAUCCGACAUUCACUCGGCCGGCGAGAAGGCGGUCAGUGACCCGAGAAACAUUCUGUCGGCGUACAAGGCGGGAAGAAUCCCGAGAGCACCACAGGUGGGAAUCAUCGGAAGUGGCAAGUUUCAGAACUACGAGGGCCUCGACGAUCUGGAGGUGAUUCAUCUGGAUCAUACCACUUUCCAUGAAGAACCGUUGUCCAAGCAGGAGCUGGAUGAUGGCUAUACCCGUCCAUACCGAUGGCACAUGGACACGCCUUUCUACGAGCGCCUGCCGGGUGAAGUGACCAUUCUUCAUGCUGUCAAGGUUCCAGAGCUGCCGGACCAGAAGCUCAAGUUUCCCGAUGGGAAGGAAAAGGAAAUCGCUGCCGGUGCUACAGCCUUUUUUUCCGGAGCGAGAGCCUUUGAGCUGCUCACGCCUGAAGAGAAGGAGUUUGCCCUGAACACUACAGUGACAUACGCCCCACAGGCUUACGAGUUCAUCCGGCACUGCAAGUCUUCUGAGGAUGGCCUGACGAUUCCUACUAUGGGGAAGGAGACCUCGAUCGAAGCCUUGUCUGAUUGGUCUUGGGACAAGGUGGCUGAGCACCCGAUGGUGUGGCGCAACCCGCUGAACCCUGAUCGGCCGUUCCUGCAGGUGCACGGAUGCUGUGUCUACAAGCUCACGACGAGAGAUCCGGCCACGGGCGCAGAGUCGGUGAUUGACGACGUCGAGGAGGUCCGCAACGUUGUGUACGGGUUCCAGAAGCGCAUCUGGGCAGCGGAGAAUAUCUAUGCCCAUCGGUGGGAAGCCGGUGAUCUGGUCGUGUUUCACAAUAGGGGCGUCAUGCACAGCAUCACCGGGCAGCUGGCCCAGUACAAGGAAGACGAGGCCAAGAAGCGGCUCAUGUGGCAGUGCACGAUGACGAGCGGCACUGCCCCCAAGGCUUUCCGCAAGUAUCCCGGAGUGAACGAGACGGGCUUUGCAAGGGGAAACUAA